CUCUCCCCCGCGGCGCUAAGAGCAGUCCGGCUUAAGGUACUCUGUUAGUCACUUACUUAGUACUUCGCCGUCUCCUCUUCUUUGUCGUUAGACGAACUAACGAACUAGUCGAGUCUCCAUCGCCCCUCCUUAAGUUGCUGGCUUAAAACUUCCUACUUCAGCUUCAUCGUGAUCGCGCCUGUGAAUUCCUCCUUCUCCGCCUUCUCACUUUGCCCUCUCUCCAUCGCCUCAAUGCUUCAAGUACCUGUCCGGGAGCACUCCAACGUGGCCUCCACCAAGGCCGUGAUCUUGGUCGGUGGCCCAUCCAGAGGAACUCGUUUCAGACCUCUGUCUCUCGAUGUGCCUAAGCCCCUAUUCGAAGUCGCUGGCCAUCCCAUCAUUCACCACUGCCUGAAGGCCCUUGCCAAAAUCCCUGAUAUUCGAGAGGUCAUUCUGGUUGGUUACUAUGACGAAACGGUGUUCCGUGAUUUCAUCAAGGACUCCGCCAAGGAGUUCCCUCAGUUCAAGAUUCAAUACCUGCGCGAAUACACGGCUCUGGGAACAGCCGGUGGUCUCUACCACUUCCGCGAUGCUAUUCUCAAGGGAAAACCCGAGCGCUUCUUCGUGUUGAACGCCGAUGUCUGCUGCUCGUUCCCGCUCGGCGAGAUGCUUAAGCUGUUUGAAGAGAAGGAUGCGGAGGCCGUGAUUCUCGGAACUCGGGUCAGCAACGAUGCUGCCACCAACUUUGGUUGCAUCGUGUCGGAUUCGCACACCAAGCGUGUGCUGCACUACGUCGAGAAGCCCGAGUCGCACAUCUCCAACCUCAUCAACUGCGGUGUCUAUCUUUUCGCCACGGAAUGCAUUUUCCCCUCGAUCCGCAGCGCCAUUAAGCGUCGCACCACCCGCCCCCGUCUGCUCUCAUACCCUUCGUCGGAGAACCUGGAAUCCUCGUUUGUCGCCGCCGAGGAUGAUGCGGAGAAGACCGAGGUGCUCCGCCUCGAACAAGACAUCCUGUCCGAUCUGGCCGACAGCAACCGCUUCUUCGUCCACGAGACCAAGGACUUCUGGCGCCAGAUCAAGACGGCCGGCUCCGCGGUGCCCGCGAACGCCCUGUACCUCCAGAAGGCCUUCCAGGCCCAGUCUGAAGAACUCGCUUCCCCCUCUGCCUCCAUCGUGCCCCCCGUCUACAUCCACCCCUCCGCCACCGUGGACCCGACCGCCAAGCUCGGCCCCAACGUCUCGAUCGGACCGCGUGUCGUCGUGGGCGCCGGCGCCCGCAUCAAGGACUCCAUCGUGCUGGAAGACGCCGAGAUCAAGCACGACGCCUGCGUGCUGCAUUCGAUCAUCGGCUGGAGCGGCCGGGUCGGCGCCUGGGCCCGCGUGGAAGGUACCCCCGUGCCGAUGACCAGCCAUUCGACGAGCAUCAUCAAGCACGGCGUCAAGGUGCAGAGCAUCACCAUCCUGGGCAAGGAGUGCGCCGUGGGCGACGAAGUGCGCGUCCAAAACUGCGUCUGUUUGCCCUACAAGGAAUUGAAGCGCGACGUUGCCAACGAAGUUAUCAUGUAGAGGGAUGAAGCUUGGGAUGUAAAACAGAUAUCUCUUCAUAUGAUUUUCAUGGGCCCUUCGCUUUCGCUGUCACAGAACAUGUCCUUCUUGGUCACUUUUCAUUAAUCAGCUUUCUUUUACCCUUUUCCUCCACUAUCUUCGAUUGCGAAAUCGAAACCUCGCUUCAGCAUGUUUAGAGCUGCUUGUUAUGCUUAGAGCGGGGGAAUAUGCGUAUGUAUCAUGUGCUCGCGAG